AAAGAGCACAUGGAUCGAAAGCAACGUUAUAAAACGAGGAAGAAGCAGCAGGUCUGCGGUGGCACCUUGGAUUACAAAACCGGAUUCAAAAUCAUAUAGAUGAGUCAGCGUUCUCGAGCCUCCAAGGUGCGACAGCAUGUCCACUGUGAUUCCUGCUACAGCCGGCGCUGCAGGGCUCGGGUGGAGGUCUCUGUGUGCUGUGCGGUCAUCCCUUGCCGCCUCCUCUGUGGAACUCUCUUCCACCUGUGCAAAGAGGAGGAUCACCUGCUGCUCUGCCCCAACGUGAGGGUGCCCUGCCUCAACACUGAGUACGGCUGCCCGCUCCACAUGCCCCGCUCCUCGCAGGCAGCUCACCUCCAGGUGUGUUCGGCCAGCCUGGUAUGUUGCUCCAUGGAGUGGCAGCGGUGGCCGACUGAUGACACGAACCCACACAGCAACAUUGCCCUGCAGGAAAACGUGCUGAAGGAAAAUGAAGGUCAGGACGAGCCUCUGGAUCUUGCCAUGGCCCUGGUGGAUCAGGCAGACCUUUAUGACCGCCUGAAAAUGAAGCCUCUCUAUCCAGAGCUGAUGGUAGAAGAGGAGAAGGAAAAGGAGAAGGCAAUGGGAGGGUUUGUCAACGGGGUCACAGACAAAGAUGUCAAUGAAGCAUCUGUUUCCGCAGAAAGCGCCAUGUGUGAGAACAAUGUUGUUGAAGAGACUGUACAGAACAGUGUGGGGCAAGACUCAGGCAAAGAGAAAUACAACCUGUGUGACAUGAUGUUCAGCAUGGAGAGAGGCGGCUGUGCUGUUGCUCAGGCAAACCAAGACAAUCCCAAACCAAACCCAAAGCCUGGUGAGAAGGACAAAGACACAGAGAAAAAUGAUGCGGCUGAAAAUACAGGUGUUACAGGUCAUGCUCCGUGGCAGGAGGGGGUGCUGGAGCGUCUGAGUCAUGAGCUCUCCCCGCAGGAGUACAACAUGUAUGUGGUGCAUCAUGGACGCAUGCUGCUGACCUUUGGACAAAUCAAGGCCUGUACGCCCAGGGAGGACGAUUUUGUGUACGGCAGCCUGGAGCCUAUCCCAGUCCAGACCCUGCACUCUUUCAAGAUCCCUGACAGCUAUCACUACAGCGGGCGGCGGAUUCAUUACUACGACACGUCUCGGCCUCCGAGCGAGCCUCGCAGUGUGGACACGUCGGAUCUCAAAUUCAACGAAGAAGACCGGUUCAGUGAUGAAGCGGCAGCCACCCUGCUGGGCUACGCUGAGAUGGAAGUCAGGGGUCACAAGAUCAGUGAGUCAAAUGCCUCUGAAGGGCUUUAUGUCGACGUGGGAACACAGACGCACUCGUUCCGCAGGGCUCCGUUUAAAGCGAAUACGACCCUGGCGGAGGUGAUGGCAGACAGACCGCUGAAGCUUCAUCUCGACCUGCAGUCAGAAAGAGUGAACAGCAGAAACACCAGAGACAGCUGUGCCUUCACCUUCCUCUGCGGUCACACCUUCCACCGCAGAGAGUUCGCCACACAUUUCAGGUGUCUGAACGUCCACAGUGACAUCCAGACGAGCCUGAGUGGAUGGUUCGAGCAGAGAUGCCCCCUAUCAUAUCUGGGAUGCACCUACAGCCAGAGGAGGUUUCAGCCCUCCACACAUAAAGCCACCGUCUCCUACAAUCAGCAGCUGAGGAGUUUCAACUUGCGUCCAACACUAGCCUCAGUAGGUGACGCCUCCCAGCCGUCCAGGAGCUCAGAGGACUCCUCCACUGCUCAGAGGAGGAGAGGAGGAGGUGGGGACUCUCUGAGCUUGCUGCCCUAUGAGGUGCUGUGCCACAUGAUCAGUUUCCUGGACAGUCUGUCCCUGUCCCAGCUGGCUCUGGUGUCCCAGCUGAUGAGGCAGGUGUGCUCCUCUCUGCUACAGGAGAGAGGGAUGGUCACCCUCCGCUGGGAGAAGAAGACAUACUCACACGGAGGAGCCAAGUGGAGGGCCAAACCUGUAUGGGAGUUCAGUCCUCUCUUCUCCUCUGUGGAUUCGUGGCAUAUGGCAGACAUCCCUCCAAUAUCUGCACAUCUAAAAGUCUGUCCUUACUACAAGACCUCUCCGCACAGUGAGCCUGUUCCCCUGCCCAGCAUGAGUGACGAUCAGGAGUGCAGCCAGGAGAGACUGAGCCUCGUCAACAAUUUCAAAGGAAGCAAUUGGAAACAAUGAAAAAAAAACCUUUUAAAUUAUACCUGCGGUGUCAGAAUGUAUUUGUGUAUUAUUGAAAUUGGUGGCAGAUUAUAAUGCACAAUCAUAGGGAUGAUGUCUUAUAACCAGAAUUUCACUGAGCACACAGAGGAAAUA